UGGACCUCGAACACACGAAAAGGGCUGUGUUUCACUUUAUUUAAGAUGUUUGCAAUAUGGGUUCUCCAGGCGAAGAGAGCGGGUGGGGUUGCAGUAUAGCGAUGUGUUGAGUAAUCCAAUGCAGCGUGUGUUGACGAAGAUGGCAGACACCAGCGGUCUCCUCUCGGUCCGGAAGAUCGACUCUUUGAGCGAAUCUUCUGUCAGCAUGGAGACCAUCACCUCCCUGACGGAGCUGGAGGACCUGGAGCGUGUCUACCAGCAGCUGUGCACCGAGGAGAAAGCUGUUGAGGUGGAGCUGGACAAGCUGGUCGGUCAGCAGGGAACCAUCAACAGCAAGAUGCUGACGCUGCAGAGAAUGGGGCCGAACCUGCAGCUGAUCGAGGGCGAUGCCAGCCAGCUAUCGGGGAUGAUCACCUUCACCUGCAGCCUGGCCGAGAACGUCAGCCGCAAGGUCCGCCAGCUGGACCUGGCCAAGACGCGUCUCUAUAAGGUGAUCCAGCGCGCCGAUGACAUCCUGGACCUGAAGUUCUGCAUGGACGGUGUUCAGACCUCACUGCACAACGAGGACUACGAGCAGGCGGCCGCACACAUCCACCGCUACCUGUCCCUGGACCAAUCGGUGAUCGAGCUCAGCCGCCAGGGGGAGGAGGGCAGCUCGGUGGACGCCAGCCUGGUGCUGCUGCAGGAGGCGGAGCAGAAGCUGAAGGUGAUCGUGGCCGAGCGUCUGGACGCGGCCGUAGUGGCCGUGGACCUUGUGCAGGUGGAGCGCUUCUUCAAGAUCUUCCCCCUGCUGGGCCUCCAUCAGCAGGGCCUGGCCCGCUUCGGCCAGUACCUCUGCAGCCAGCUGGCCUCCAAAGCAGAGGAGAACCUGCUGCUGGCGACGGGGGCAGACGUCCAUGAGAAGAGGGCCCCGUUGGUCUUUGCUGACACUCUGACUCUGCUGCUAGAAGGCAUCGCCCGUGUGGUGGAGACCCACCAGCCCAUCGUGGAGACGUACUACGGGCCGGGCCACCUCUACACGCUCAUCAUCCACCUGCAGCAGGAGUGCGACCGGCAGGCCCAGAAGAUCGUCGACAAGUUCAUCCAGCAGAGGGACUACCACAACAAGUUCCAGGUCGUCCAGAACAGCAUGAUGAAGAGUCCGCUGCCGACGGAGAGGAUCGAGCCCAGGGAGCUGGACCCGGUGCUGAUGGAGGUGACCCUGAUGAACGCCCGCUCGGAGCUCUACCUGCGCUUCCUGCGGCGCCGUCUGAUGGCGGACCUGGAGGUCGGCGACGCCCAGAGCACCACACAGGAGCACCAGCAGAACGUGGAGAAGCUGCUAAAGCACUGCCUGCUGAGCACCACCAUGCAGGAGCUGAUUGGCUACUACAUCCCCAUGGAGGAGUACUACAUGAGGGAGUCGGUGAACAAGGCCGUUGCCAUGGACUCGUACGAGAAGGGCCAGCUGACGUCCAGCAUGGCGGACGACUGCUUCUACAUCGUGAAGAAGUGCAUCAGCCGCGCGCUGUCCAGCUCCAACAUCGACUGCCUGUGCGCCAUGAUCAACCACUCCACCUCGGCGCUGGAGUCCGACUUCAGGGAGGUGCUGUAUAAUAAGCUGAGGCAGGGCUACCCCGCCACCACGCUGCAGGACUUCCAGCGCGGCGUGAGCAGCGCUGUGAGCCUGAUGCAGAGCAGCCUGCAGCAGGGCAAGUUCAACGCGCUCGGCAUCGAGAGCACCGAGAACGCCAAGGCGGCCUUCCUGGUGACGCUGAACAACUCGGAGGUUUGCAGCGAGAACAUCACCACGCUGAAGAGGAACCUGGAGAACGACUGCUCCAAGUUGUUCAUGCAAGGACCCGCCUCGGGCGACCACGCCAAGAUUGACAGCUGCCUGUCGGAUCUUGUCAACACAUCCAGCAAGUUCAAGGACCUCCUGCAGGAGGGCCUCACAGAGCUGAACAGCACGGCCAUAAAGCCCCAAGUGAAGCCCUGGAUCAACGCUUUCCUCUCCAUCUCUCAUAACAUCGAGGAGGAGGAGUUUAAUGAGUACGAGGCCAACGACCCGUGGGUCCAGCAGCUCAUCGUGAGUCUGGAGCAGGUGAUGGCAGAGUUCAAGACCGGCCUCACCCCGGCCUCCUAUGACACCCUCACCAGCCUCAUGACCAGCCUGGUCGCCAUGGAGAUGGAGAAGACGGUCCUGAAGUGCACCUUCAGCCGGCUCGGGGGGCUGCAGUUUGACAAGGAGCUGCGCUCGCUGGUGGCGUACCUGACCACCGUCACCACCUGGACCAUCCGCGACAAGUUCGCCCGCCUCACACAGAUGGCCACCGUCCUCAACCUGGAGAGGGUCACGGAGAUCCUGGACUACUGGGGGCCCAACUCGGGGCCCCUGACCUGGCGCCUGACCCCCGCCGAGGUGCGGCAGGUCCUUGCACUCCGCAUCGACUUCCGCAGCGAAGACAUAAAGCGGCUCCGCCUGUAGGGGGGGGGAUGGGGGGGACCUGUGUGUGAGACCAAGACCAGGAUGCGGUCUUGGACCGGGACCAAGACCGGUCUGGAACCCGGACGAGGCCCGAGACCAAGUCGUGGUCUGGGACCAGGACGCAGCCCGAGACAAGGACCGGGACGCAGUCUGGGACCGGGACCAGGAUCAUGGAUCGGGUCGCCGUCCAUCGUGCGGCAGCGGGCUGCUGAGGCUCUGCUGGGACUGAACUCGUAGAUCCAUUCUUUACUUGUGUCCUUCCAGACCAGUUCUUGUGUACAUAUGUUAUCAGGGUGGGGGGUGGGACUGUGAUUAGUCUUGAGGAAGGAGAACAUUUUCCCUGGCGUUAAACACCUCAGCCUUCCUGUGAGCACCGCUGAGUCGGAGUGGAUCUGGGCUCCGGCCCGGGGGGCAUCGGUGCGUUUCAGGGGAAUAUGAAAUGUAAAAGAAUCUGGCAAAUGUUUAAUUUCAUGAUAUCGUCGAUCUGGGAGUUGAGUUUUUUUAUAUCUGUAAGUAAGACUGCGCUAGAUGUGUCAGGCAGCGCGUAAUGAACACACUCCAUUAGAGGACAGAAGCGGGUCAGACGACUGAUCCAACGUUCAACACAUGAAUAGCUUCUUGUCUGCGCUGAUGGGACACUUUUAACCUAAUAAAUUGAGAGGCUGUACAAUG